AUGGUUUUCGGGAAAAUGCAUUCUUGGAUAAUAUGUGCACUGUGUAUUUUCUUAUUCGUAUCUCUGUGGCCUGUCAGUGAGUUAAAACGCCAACACGGCAGAGGUCAAAGACAGAAGAAACUUAACCUCAACGAGGAACUAGUCCAAACAUGGGCAAACCAGUUCAGCAAAGUUAUGACAGAGGAGGUGAAGAAGUACACAGCAUAUGACCUCAUCAAAAGGAAAUAUGAAAAACUUACAAGUAUCCAGCACUGGAGUCCAUCACAUCAUGUCAAGAAAACAGCUCUUAGCAUCAAAAAAUUAUUAAAAGACAAGGUCAGGGCUGUAAAGAACUUGGUAGCAGUUGCAGAACAAGCUAGCAGAAACCAUACAUUUGAUGAGAAUCUUGAGUUUGACUACCUGAAUAACAAAAAGCUCCUGAGUGAUGCAGAUCUUGUGAUGAUGGGCAUCAAUCGUACAAGUCCAGAGGUGGUUCGGCCAACCCCACACCCUCACAAUGUCACCAAACCUGGUGGCGAGGAAGCAAACUACCACAGUGACGUGAUGUUGGUAGGCGUGGGAGGGCCCAACACAAUAGCCAAAUAUCGAUACUUACCCACUGUCAACAGUUCCAGAUUCAACAAUGCUGCUGUGAAUUUCAACACCAGUACUAUACAUGUACCCACAAAUGUUUAUGAUAAAAAUUCUUUAAUUCAGAAUGGAGUGAAAUGGUCAGAAGCUCUGAAUGAGGAAAUGUUGCAGAAUGACAGAAAAAUCAAAGGACUGACUUGGCAGUAUUUCUGUAGUUCUGACGGUUUCUUCAGAGUAUUUCCAGGUAUUCGGUGGCCACAGGAUAAUAAGGGAGGUAAUAUCGAUAUGUUUGACUGCCGUGUGAGAAACUGGUACAUCGAGUCGUCUUCCUCCCCUAAGAAUGUAAUUAUUUUGGUGGACACAAGUGGCAGUAUGAAAGGUCUGAGAAUGGAAAUAACACGAAGUACCAUUGAAAGGAUUCUAGAAACUUUCAGCAGCAAAGAUUAUUUCAAUAUCAUAUCAUUUAACAAAAAUCUGACCUAUCUGGAUCCAUGUUUUAAUGGUACAAUGAUGCAGGCAAAUAAGGAGAAUCGAGAAAGACUAGCAGGAUACAUACGAAACCUUAAGACUUCCUAUAUAGCCAGGUUUGACAAAGCUCUGACUGAAGCCUUUGAUCUGUUUGAAAGAGAGGAGAUGGCCUGGGGAAAACGUCUCUGCAACAAAGCCAUCAUGCUCAUUACUGAUGGGGCUCCAGAGGGGUAUGAAAAAAUAUUUGAAGAACGAAAUUGGAAAACAGACAACAGAAAACCUGUAAGGAUGUUCACAUUUCUGAUUGGUCGAGAAGUUUCAGACAACAGGAAUGCUAAGUGGAUGGCUUGUGCAAACAAAGGUUACUAUUCUCACAUAUCCACCCUGGCAGAUGUAUCAGAAAAUGUACAGCAUUACCUGAAAGUAUUGAGUCGCCCUAUGGUGAUACAGAAGAAACGUAACCCAAUCUGGACACCUGUAUAUGCUGAUUACUCCACAGAAGUCUCACCUGAUCUCUCUGAGGGUCUAAAGUUUUUGACAUCCUAUGCAUUGCCUGUGUUUGACACAAAAGAAAACUCUAGAAAAGAAGGUAACUUGCUGGGAGUUGUAGGAACAGAUGUUCCUGUAGAUCAAAUCAAAGCCCGUAUCCCUUACAACAAGCUUGGCCCUAGCGGGUAUGCCUUUGUUGUUACCUCCCAAGGAUAUGUCCUAUUCCAUCCAAACCUCCGCCCAUUCUAUUUUAAGAGACAGUCUCCAGAACUAGGACUGAAAGCCAACUUCAGUAGUAUAGAUAUCACUGAAGUGGAACAUGUACCUAACAAAACAGACCUGGAUAUGUUAAGACUGGAGAUUUUAAGAGCCUCAGGUUAUGCAAAUUACAGCAUCAAAAACGUCAUAGUGCCUUAUGAUGGAAGAAAGCGUGUGUCUAUUGUCGACCUCACCUAUCAUAUAUACCCCAUAGGAGAAACAGGAUUUAAAUUGGUUUUUGCUGUGCCUACAAAUUAUGGUACUACACUUGUAAAUACCAGAGCGAAAUAUGGAACAAACGAAGAGGCCUAUUUCAUGGAUAAAAAUACUAGAUUUGCUCCUUGGAGGUUCUGUAAAAAUGAUGAGAUAGCUCUGGCAAAAGGAGAAGAAAGGAAACGGUUACUGUAUCGUAGUUUUUAUAUUGAAGGAGGGAAGUGUGAGAGCAAUCAGAUGGCUGUAUUUGAUGUUACAUGUUUACACGAUGUGGUGCAACUGUGGAAGUCAGUGUCAACAUUCGAGGAUACUAAAACGAGCUACUAUGCAUCAAAUUUCUCUGUCCAGCUUUUCGGAAAUAAACAUGGUAUAGCAUUGAUCUUCCUGGGAACAAAGAGUGGUGUGACACGAUUCCUUAACACAGAUCUCUUCCCCUCCAGUAUAGAGUUCAUCAACUUGAAUGAAAGGACAGUUGACAGUAUGUACUAUAAACGUGCAGUAGAAGGACGAGUACAAGAUGGCUACAACUUUACAUUCUCUAUGCCAAUUGGGGAAGCCUACACUGGAGAUGAUAACAGUGUUAUAACUAUUAGCGUACCACUGGAAAUCAAUCACUCCCAGGUAGGACCUGCCAAAGAUUUUUUCCCAUUGGUACUUGGACUUCAGAUAACAUACCAACAAUUCAAGCAGAAAAUUGAAGAUAUCAUCAAAAAAUGUGGAAACAUUACUGACUGUGAUUUGCCCUGUAAUAGUAGUCGUGUCAAUUGUUACUUACUUGAUAACAAUGGUUACGUGAUGAUGAGUAAACACCACUCAGAGAAUGGUGGUUUCUUUGGUGAUGUAAAUGGAGGAGCUAUGAUGCGGGAAAUGAUAGACAGACAUUUAUUUCAAGAGAUACAUUUUAUGGACUAUCAAGGUAUGUGUGAAUCAAAUGAUAAGGGAGAGGAUGAAAGCUCGGCUCAGCAUCUCAUUAACCCAUUCAAAACAUUAUUAAGUGUGAUUCUAUGGACGUUUGGAGAAAUAGCUUUGUUUUUAUCAGAGUGGUCAUUACAAAGCUGGUUCUAUGGAUACUAUCAGUCUGAAGCUUCAACUGUACCGCCCACAGAAUGCCCAACAUUUGAAUACGAGGAGGCAGAGAUGACACCAGAUCUGUUAGAUAUAUGGUAUUACCAUUAUAAGAAGUUUGCGCAGUGUAAGCCCAGUGUUGUGACAAUCCCGUGUCAUAAACGUAUGACCCUCUACAAGGCUGAUUUCAGAAAUUUUCGUAGGCUACACAUAAAAGGAACCAUUAAUGGCUGUGACAAAUGCAAUAUGUCAUACGUGGUCAAGUGGAUCAGAGACACCAACCUCAUCUUUGUCAUCACUUCAGCAGGCUGUGAUUGUACGAUGAGACCUGGUUUUGUUCAGCCAAUAUUUGGAGAAAUUCCUGUCCAUUCAACAGAAGCACAGUUCUGCAGUCGUCUAAAUAGACAGUCUAGUCAGAGAAGACAGUCCUUCAGCAGGAAAGGCACCAGGUGUAUAGAUGAUGAUAGAGAGGAUGAUACCCGAUGUGGACAGUGUCGGAUACAAGUGUCUGUGUUACUGACAAUUACAUGUGUAAUGUUGACAUUGAUAGUCCACACAAAACACAACUCGCCCUCCUGA